CGAAGCUACAUAACUUUCUUUUCCCUGGUGUGGCAUAUCUCGAUAUCGUUCACGCUAGAAACUCCAACUAUGAACCGCUUAUCUCAAAUAUCGCUGCAGGAAGGCCUUCUUUACGGCCUUUUGGGACUCGCUGCGUAUCUCAUCCUUGCAUCAUCACUGCGGUUCCAAAGGCGUCGCAUUCUCCACAAUAAUUUUCCUUAUAGAAACCGAGCCUCGAUGGGAAAGAUGACAGAUCACGAUGCGUUUGCCAUCCAGAAGACAAUAAUGGAGAUGGAGUAUCCGUUCAUAGUCCUCAAGUCAAUCCAUUUUGCUCUUUUCCGGGUUCGAAUUUCGCACUCAGAACGAGCGCAGACUGCCAUUGCGCGAACCAAAUUUCUACACAAGGGAUACCGAGACAGCGGAAAGAUUCUAGAAGACGACAUGUUGUACACCUUGAGUCUGUUCGCAACUGAACCCAUCCGGUUCGUCAAGCUUUAUGAAUGGCGCGAGAUGACUGAGAUGGAGCGCUGUGCCGUUGGUACGUACUGGAAAAGCUUGGGGGAUGCGCUGAGCAUCAGCUAUGAGAAGCUCCCUUCUAGUAAGACUGAAUUCCAGGAUGGGAUUCACUGGUUGGAAGAAAUCAGCGAAUGGAGCCACUCCUACGAGUUGCAACACAUGAAGCCACAUCCUCGCAAUAAAGAGGUCGCCGACAAGACCAUAGAUGUGCUGGUGUACAAUCUGCCAGAGUUUAUGAAGCCACUGGGCAUCUACCUUGUUUCAUUCCUCAUGGAUGAACGUCUUCGAAACGCAAUGAUGAUGGAAAGUCCUCCUGCUUUUUUCAGGAUCACAUUCGUCUUAAUUUUUCAAUUGCGCAGAGCCUUUUUGCGCUAUCUAGCUUUGCCUCGUCCAAGCUUCAUACGUCUGGAUGUCUUUACCGAAAAGCCCAACGAGCAUGGUAGGAACUACGUCACAUACUACGAAGGUGCACCUUUUUAUGUUCAGCCCACGAUCUGGAAUCGUUGGGGUCCAGUGGCUUGGUUUAAAUGGGCUAUGGAACAUCCACUGCCAGGUGAUGAUGGCGACAAGUAUUACCCCCAGGGCUACUACUCGCCUGACCUGGGUCCAAAGUAUUUCGAGGGCAAAGGCAGAAAGGUUGGAGGUGAUCAAGGCCAAUCUUCGACAGCAAAGACUGGGACAGUGCCCAUUCCCGUAAUUUGUUGGAGUCUACCGCGAAUUUUCACAAAGUUUUAG